AGCCACAUACACAAAACCAGGAUAGCUUCAUUCUGGCCAUUCUCCAGCUUCUGCCUGCACUGCACUCGCAUUAACCUUGCCCUCCUGCCUGCUUCUCAAAAAGAAGUGAGGGAUUUUAAACGAGGGAAAAUAAACUGGACUAACAGAUUUCGAAGUUUGCAAUGCAAAUGAUUGCUUCGAGGAUUAUGUUAAUAAUGUCCUGGGCAGUGACAUCAUUGCUGCUAUUAGCGACAAAUUCUAGGACUCAGAAGCUACCCACCAGAGAUGAGGAGCUCUUCCAGAUGCAACUACAAGACAAGUCUCUCUUCCAUGACUCAUCUAUUAUCCCUGAUGGUGCUGAGAUCAGCGGCUUUCUCUUCCGGGAUACGCCUAAAAGAUAUUACUUUGUCGUUGAAGAAGACAAUACACCCUUGUCAAUUACCAUGACACCAUGUGAUGCACCCUUAGAAUGGAAACUAACCCUUCAAGAGCUACCAGAGGAGUCAAGUGGAGAAGGUUCUGGAGACCCAGAACCACUAGACCAGCAGAAGAAACAAGAGCAUGUACUGAAUGAACUAGGUACCGAUCUGUACUCAUACAAAGGCAAUGAUGUUGAAUCAUACUUAGCACCCAAUUCACCCUCUGGUUUGUACCGUUUGGAACUGAUUUCAACAGAAAAAGAUACAAAUUUCAAGGUUUAUGCUACAACCACUCCUGAGUCAGACCAGCCUUAUCCUGAGCUCCCCUAUGACCCUCGGGUGGAUGUGACUGCUCUUGGUCGUACAACCGUCACAUUAGCGUGGAAGCCUAGUCCUACCAUUUCACAACUGCAACAGCCUAUUCAAUAUUGUGUGAUUAUUAAUAAGGAGCACAACUUUAAGAGCCUUUGUGCGGUGGAAGCAAAACUGAAUGCUGAUGAUGCCUUUAUGACAGCUCCCAAGCCUGGAUUGGAUUUCAGUCCAUUUGAUUUUGCAUAUUUUGGCUUUACUUCAGACAGCGGCCCUGGCAGAGAACGAACAACCGGAGUCAAGUCGCUCACCACAUGGAUGUCACGACAGAUGGCUGGAGCACGGAGAGUGGAUCUUCAGCAGAUAUGCAUUGGCAACAAAAACAUUUUCACUGUAUCUGAUCUGAAACCAGACACACAGUACUAUUUUGACGUUUUUGCCGUAAACACCAACUCAAAUAUGAGCACCGCUUAUGUUGGAACCUUUGCAAAAACCAAGGAAGAAGCUAAGCAAAAGACAAUUGAACUGAAGGAUGGGAAAGUGACUGACAUCUUUAUUAAACGGAAAGGUGUUAAGUUCCUGAGAUUUGCUCCAGUUUCCUCCCAUCAGAAGAUAAUGCUUUAUGUUCACUCAUGUCUGGAUGCAGUCCAAAUCCAGGUCAGGAGAGAUGGGAAGCUGUUGCUUUCACAGAAUAUGGAAGGUGUUCGCCACUUCCAGCUUAGAGGGAAACCAAAAGCCAAGUACCUGAUCCGGCUGAAAGGGAGUAAAAAAGGUGCAUCUAUGCUGAAGGUCCUAGCCACCAAUAGGCCAAACAAGCAACCCUUCCCAUCUGUACCUGAAGACACACGCAUUAAAGCCUUUGACAAGCUACGUACCUGCUCCUCAGUCACAGUGGCCUGGCUGGGCACGCAGGAGAGAAACAAGUUCUGUGUUUAUAAAAAGCUUGUGGAAAAUAACUACAGUGAAGAGCAGAAGAAAAGAGAGCAGAACCAAUGUAUUGGACCAGACAUCCGAAAGAAAUCGGAGAAGGUGGUCUGCAAAUAUUUCCACAGUCAUAUUCUCCAGAAAGCAGUGACGACAGAGACAAUCAGAGGACUGCAGCCAGGCAAAUCGUACCUUCUGGAUGUUUAUGUCAUAGGACAUGGGGGACACUCGGUCAAGUAUCAAAGCAAACUGGUCAAAACAAGGAGGUCUUGUUAGUGAUUCCAAGUAUAGACUCAAAAAUUUAUUGGACUAUUUCACUAGAUGAAAAUAUACAGACUGACUACUUAUACAGCUGAGAUGUUGCAACAUGUAUUUGUACUAUUUAGAAAGAUAUCAACUUGUAUAUUUAUGUUUACAUAAUUCAGUGGUUAUUUGAAGAGACUGAGGCUGAUGCACUCAGAUGGCACUGGGCUUUUGUAGCUGCAUGACCGCAAGGUCCUUUGUCACAUGUGACAUUGAAUAAUAAUGGUCUACAGUGGCAGGAGAUCACUCAAGUGCUGUCAGUUUUUUUGACCUCUACAUUGCAUGAACUGCAUCUAAAUUAUUUCACCUUCCAAGCCGCUUAAAACUAGCUGCCCUGUUAAUCGUACAUGCAAUAUAGAACAUAGGAAAUCUGUAAAUUAUUUUAUAAGAAUAAAGUUCAGUCUUAAAUGUCUAUGUUUUUAUGAUUGUAAACUUUAAGAAUCAUCCCCAUUAAAAUACAAUUCUAAUUAUCUAUUUGACUACACUCUGAAUCAGUUUCUAAUGCUUGGUGCUGAGAGAAAUUGCAUUGAUGUUUUCUUUACAAGGACUCAUCAUUUAUGUAUAGUUUGGUGACCUUGUUAAUGUUUCUUGCAUCUUGCAUCACGUCCGUUUGGUGUUUCAUAUUUAUUGAACUAAUAAAAAAAACUCACUUUCA